CGCUGGAGGGCGGAAGUGGGACGUUUGUACGGUAGCCCCGCGGGGACAAUAGAGUCGGGGAGCCGCUCUGGGUGUGACGCGGGGACUUCGCGAUGGAGCUGAGCGAAAUGCUCUACAACAAGUCCGAGUACAUCGAGACGGCAUCUGGGAACAAAGUGAGCAGGCAGUCUGUGCUGUGUGGAAGCCAGAACAUCGUGCUCAAUGGCAAGACAAUUGUCAUGAACGACUGCAUCAUCCGAGGGGACUUGGCCAAUGUGAGAGUUGGGCGCCACUGCGUGGUCAAAAGCCGAAGUGUCAUCCGUCCACCUUUCAAGAAAUUCAGCAAGGGGGUUGCAUUUUUCCCUCUGCACAUCGGUGACCACGUUUUCAUUGAGGAGGACUGUGUCGUCAAUGCGGCUCAGAUCGGCUCCUAUGUCCACAUAGGCAAGAACUGCGUCAUUGGUCGCCGGUGCGUCCUCAAAGACUGCUGCAAGAUCCUUGACAACACAGUCUUGCCUCCGGAAACGGUGGUCCCACCUUUUACCGUCUUUGCAGGCUGCCCAGGGCUCUUCUCUGGAGAACUUCCCGAGUGCACACAGGAGCUGAUGAUUGACGUCACCAAGAGCUACUACCAGAAGUUCCUGCCCCUCACCCAGGUCUAGCCGUCUCCACCUGGCCCUCCCGUGGCCCUCUGCAGGAAGAAGAGUGGGAAGAAGCUUCGGCGUGACUGGCGUGGCUUGUGAGAGUCCUGCAAGCAGCUGGCUCCAAGCCCGACUGGCAGACUCUGCCAGAAGCUGCCUUGUGUAACACCAUCUUCCCUUUUUGGGCAUCCCCUUCAUUCCUCUGCCUCACACCCUUGCCCACGAUCUGGACUGUUCUGUCCCAUAUGGGAGGCCUUUUCCCGCUGACCACCCUAGCCCUGCCACUGACCAGCCUGGACUAACCCCACUGUCUACUCCUUCGCUUGCGAGAGACUCGCAUGUUAUUUAUUUAUCCCUAGAUCCAGGGUGCAUUGGAAUGUGAAAUGAGCAGCGACAAACCUCCUGAGUGGGAGGACGGCCGGCCAGCCUACAAGGGGUGGGGAGGUCUGUGUGCUUCUGCUGUCAUCUCCCCCCACCCAACACAUUCCUAAUUAGAAGCCAACGUGACCAGAGGCCCCUCAGCACCCUCUCCUCCAGGCAGGUGUGUCUGUAGCCUCCCUCCCUCCCUGCCUGCCACCCUCCAGUGAGGAAGGCUCUGCUCCCUGCCUGGACAAGAUGAGAAAGUGGUCAUCUAUUUGGCCCUUGAGGGCUUCCCAACAAGCCUCCAUCUCCACUUCAUACGACUGUUGUGAAGGCCAUCAUAGACGGGGGGAAUGCGCUGUGACCCAGAUCAGACAGUCUGUCCAGACUGUCCCUUCCCUUUAUCAGCUGCAUAUUUUUCAGGCAGUGAGAGAUAUGUGACUCGGAGAAUGACUCCAAGCAGCUGCUUUGACCCGUUUCCUCCUGCAGGGGGUAGCUUUGUAGAGAUUGUUUCAGAGCAUAGGGCUUGAGUGCAGGCAGGAGGUGGGUGGCCUUGUGGAUUUUGCACAGGGAUGGGGGUCCCUGCACAGGGUUAUGAUUGGGGGUGGUAUGUCUGGAAGGGCAUAGGGCAGGGACAGGGCUCCCGUGGUUCUUCAGAAGCUGCUAGACUCCCAACUCCCACCUUGCCUGACCAAGCUAGCUGAUGGGAGUCCAGUAUCAGCUGACAGGCCACAGCUUUCCCAUGGCUGGGUCAUCUGCAAAGAGAAGGUUGUGAAGGAACCAGCUUCUAUCUGGGGAUGCAAAUGACUCCCACCCCUGAUGGAUACGCUCUGCUGAUCCUUUGCUUCUUUCCAGAUCAAACCCCCAGUCCAUUUGUUUGGUGGCUGUGCACAUCCCUGGUUCCCUGAAUGUUGGAUACAGGGCCAGCAUACAGGUGGGUGGGUGUGCUGCUUCUUUUCAUCUGUUCUGUGGCACGUACAGCUUUGCCACCCAUUAACUAGCCAUGGCCUCUCCAAACACAGAAGCCUGGAGGAGCUGCUGUUAACCAUCGCGUCACUGUUCGCCUUGUUUAUACUUUGCUGUCCACAAAUUAAAAUCCUCUCAAGUAGGUCAA